AACACAUUGAACUGAUGGCUCAAGAAGAGGAUGCUCCGAAUGAAUAUUCUCGGGAUCUACCAAGGAAAGACGGCGAUUCUAGCCUUCAAUUGGUUCUUGAUCAAUUGGCAACACUGAAUGCUAAGUUUGCAAGCGCCAAUUUGAUUUCUACUAAGGAUGCUUUGACACUUUCACAAGAGGAUCUUGGCAUGUAUGCAGUCGAAGAGCGAGUCGAAGAUGUGAACUACGUGGCCAAUAACUCCUACUCGAACACGUACAAUCCAGGGUGGAAGAAUCAUCCCAAUCUCUCCUACAAGUCAAACAAUGUGGAGAAUCCCGUGCCGAACAAUUUCAGAGCAUCCGACAACUCGAAUCAGAGGAUUCCUCCCAGUUUUGCUUUUCAAUCCAGGGGUCCUAAUCAGACAUCCAACUACAGAGCUCCGGGGAAAUCCUAUAUUAAUUCCACACCUCCAGGAAUUUCGAUCUCAGUUCGCAAGCAUCGAUGCUCACUUCAAGAUCAUAGACAACCAUAUCGCUCAGCUAGCAUCAACCUCUCAAAGACACAUCCGGAUCUCUUCCAGGUAAGCCUGAGACUAACCCCCGUGAACAUGUCAAUGCGAUUACUUUGAGAAGUGGUAAGCAGGUAGACGUUGA